GUUCUGGCAUCUUGAGACCUAUCAUCACUCUGGGAGUCAGGGAUCAGUCGGAGCACUUCGGACUCAUUCGGCUGCUCACGGCUAUAGGUGAUCAGUUGGAAUUAGAUUAUCGAUAAGUUGAUAAACUCGGUAAUUGUGAGCCCUUGACAGUGACCUUUGACCUGGCAUCAUCUCACCAUGACAUCACAGCCCACGCUGUUCAUUGGCCUUGUGCCCAUGCUUGCGUUCAUGACCCUCACCCUCUUCUCGCUUUUCGCUGAUGCCAGCCAGCCGUUCAGCCAGGACGAGAAGACAGCGAUUGUCGAUAGGCACAAUGAGAUUCGAAGGGAGCCAGGGGCCAGCGAUAUGUACUACAUCGACUGGGACGAUGCAUUGGCAAGUCAGGCCCAAUCGCUCGCCGAUUCUUGCGUAUUCCAUCACGUGAACGAAGGCCUGGUCAUUGGCGAGUUCGACACGAUAGGCGAAAAUAUAUUCGCGAUGGGCGGCGAGAGCAGUGACAUCAAGACGGGAGUGGAUGCCGUGGAUGAGUGGUAUAAAGAAAAGGACAAUUAUAACUUGGCCGAUAACUCGUGCUCUGCUGAAUGUGGUCAUUACACCCAGGUAACGUGGGCUGAGAGUCGGAGAGUAGGGUGUGGACGUAACUACUGUCCUGAUCUGCAAAAUGCAUUCCCUAAUGCAUGGUAUAUCGUCUGCAAUUACGGACCUGCAGGAAACGUUGGAACAGAAAAGCCGUUUAAGUUAGGUGAUCCUUGCACGGAAUGUGCAUCGGGCAGCGGUCAAUGUUAUGAUGGACUGUGCCGUCCCUGCAGUGAGCACAGCGAGGGAUGCGACUGCAGGAUCGUGUGCCAAAACUGUGCCAGCGUCAACGACGAGUGUAAAUGUGACUGUCCCAAUGGAUACCUGGGGGAUCGUUGCGAAGAAACUUGUGAGGACAAGGAUCCAUCUUGUGGAGCAAACCCCGGAUGGCCAGACGCCGAUUCAUGUUCUCUUGGAGAUUUCGUACCCGCUGGAUGCCCCUUAAUGUGUGGCGUAUGCAAUGCCGCUGAUCCCGACUUCGUUUGUGAUGGUAGUACAAGCACGGGAACGAGUACUGGCACGGGUAAAGACACGGGUACCGGUACUGGAAUGGAUCGAACUCCUAACCGUGGACGACCAGGCGGAGGAGGAGGUGGGGAGGCACGCAUCACGGGUGACAUUUGUACGCAAGAAUUCACUGCUGCAACCUAUGUCGACAACGUACUUUACCUUUUCCACGGUGGAAAACUAUGGAAAGUGUCAUCAUCUGGCGAGCUCCUAUCGCCUGUUGGAGGUGAAGACGCACAGGAUAGCUUUAUCAAACUACCAAAUGAUAUUUCAGCUGUCUACCAGCGAAAAGAUGGCAACGUCGUGUUCCUGAGAGAUCAAAAGAUGUUUAUUUUCCAGGAUAACAAGCGCAUAGAAGGCCACCCUAUUAAAAUAGUAGACUGGGGCGUUGAGAAAGAUAUAGCAGGAGCGGCUCAUGACGGGCAACAAGACAAGACGUACUUCUUUAAAGGCCCACAAGUAUGGCGCUACGACGAGAAAUCAAAGACAAUAGAUAACGGAUAUCCGAAGAGUAUCGCAGCCGAGUACGAUUCGAAGGUCAACAAACCGCAAUUUGUUUUCUCGGAUAACAGAGGGAAUUUCUUUUUCGUAAAGCUCCAGAAAGUAUUCCGCAUCAGCGCCGGAGGGAACGAAGUAGACACCGGAUAUCCGAAACCAUUUGCUCCCGAAUUCUUCUCUGACUGCUAGAGGUCAGAUAGCUAUACCAAA